GGUUUUGUCGCAGCCUGAGCAUGUUUGCCAGCGAACGUGCGAUAGGACCCGUGGCACCGCAUAUGAUUGCGCUGGGUAGAAAAGUCGGCUCUGACGUUUGGAUUCAGGUUCUUUCAUUCCUACAAGGUACACCGCUUGAAGGUGCUUGAACUUUGUGGCUUAGUCAUCAUUCUGAAGCACGUGUCUCGUCCGUCAUUCAUCAUUCUUCAAAAACGAAGAACCCUCCGUGCAGGUCACACUGGACCAUAACUCACAAACAAAUCUUUGUCCCAGAGCAUAGGGAUUAAUAUCUACAAGUACUUGUCGACAAGUGCUCGUCUUUAUUUCAAAGCUGAUCCCUAGUCGGGCGCAAUCUGCUACAAUCGCCUGGAGGGCUGGAGCGAAUGCCACUGAAUAUGACAUUCGGUACAUCAGAUGAGAGUCUUCCACAUAUCCCUCUACGUCCUUUCCGAAACCAAGUCGGUGGCCACAACGCGAUAUAUAGAUUUACCAAGCGUGCUGUGUGCAAGCCUCUGGUUUCGAGAGAAAAUCAGUUUUAUGAAGCUGUUGAGCGAGAAGCACCCCCAUUACUUGGAUUCAUUCCACGUUAUCUUGGUGUGAUGCUUGUCACUUACCGACGCGUAUCCAAAGGCUCAUUACCAGCCACCAACUCGAGUGUACCUGACACACAUACUCCCCAUCCUCAUUCCGCCCACCCAUCAUCUCCUGACUAUCACACAUCUAAUUCCUACCUUUCUCGUCCCACUCAGGGGUUAACAUCGUAUCCCGCCCAGUUUCUGGAAGAUGAUGAUGUAUCGAGCCAUGAAACAUCCGAUGAAAUGCCCGAAGUGGUGCUUGACCGCAAUCGCCACAUAAUUCCUGAAUGGGUCCUCCAUCUUGACGGGCCGAAACACGAUCGUCCCGUCUCGUUCUCUUACCCGCCGUCUUACCAUAAAUUCCCUGAUGCUCCCAGACAUCUCACGUCCAUGCACGGUGUGAUUGCGUCAACACCUGACCUUAUGCGACCAGAGCCUUCAUCGGUGCAGUGCAGCCCUCUCUUGCGUCAGGCUACCAUUCCUCUCCAAGAGGGGGAGCCGCCUCCCCCUUCCAACUCGCCAGAUUGCUCUUCAGGCAUCCUUCCGACCUCGCCAUUCAUGGACCCUCAUUCAGCUCAUCGUACGUUGGUGCCGGAGGGAAUUCACCCGCAGUCCUUACGUCCUUUCCAUUCCGAGUCGGGGAUCGGGCAGCAACAAGGAACCCCUAGUUGGUUUGGGGGCACAGGGUUAACGAUGGUCAACACAAAGCUCAAGGAUCACGUCUUUAAUACCAUUCUCCGCAGGUUCCAGCGUCGGAAUCGCGCCAAGUGGUCCACGAAGACAGAGGAUGAGGGUGAGAUGGCUGAUCAUGAGGGUCAUCCGAUUUCAUCUGCCCGACGCACUCGCUCACAUCGUCGGAGGCACCCUAUAGGACAAGCGAAGAGGCUGAAAGGAGAGGAAGGAAGUCACCGGUUUUCCUCUGUUCUUCCGCGUGUCCAGAGUGAGUCUGCUAUGGACUCGAUGUAUGCACAAGAAAGUGCCAGCGACAGGGAUUCCGUCACGCUUGAAGAUCAGAACCAACUCGACCUACCUCCCUCCCUUACAAGACAUCGGAGUCGGUCACGAUCUCUCGGAUUUUCUACCCCUGUAACACCUGUUUCCAGUAAACCUCCAUCCACAUUCAACUUUGAUGACUCGAUCACGCGUCAAAACCAUUUCAUUUGCAUGGAAGAUUUGACUGGUCGGUUAAAGCGCUCGUGCGUUCUUGACCUCAAGAUGGGGACACGACAGUAUGGCAUGGACGCGACGCUCGCCAAAAAGAAGAGCCAACGGAAGAAGUGUGACCACACGACGAGCAGACCCCUGGGCGUCCGGGUCUGUGGUAUGCAGGUGUGGAACAACGCCACGCAAGCAUACGUGACCCAAGACAAGUACAGGGGCCGAGACGUAAAAGCUGAAGAGUUUGAGUCGGUGUUGGCAUCUUUCCUGCAAGAUGGGGAACGUCUCCUCGUCUGGCAGAUUCCUAUUCUUCUCCAGAAGCUUUAUACUCUAGCUCGGAUCAUCAAUCGUCUGAAGGGCUUCAGGUUCUAUGGCUGCAGUCUCCUCCUUAUCUAUGACGGAGAUCGUGAGGCGCAAGAAGCAUUCCGAACAUGCAUUCUCGAGCACCCUUCAUCCCGUAGUAAGCGUGGAGAGUCGUUGGAGCGGUCCAGUACACGGUCCAGCGCCAGUGACGAGCGGCCCUUAUUGCGCCGUAUUCAUAGCGAAGACCUGCUCGUCGGUCCAGUUGGCAAGCGUUCCAGCGGCAAGCGAAAGCGCGGCGAAGUUAACGUCCGCAUCGUUGAUUUCGCGCAUACAACUACUGGGCGCGAUUGGCUUCCUUAUCCUCCACCCGCAGAUCGCGAUAUCAUCCAUCAGGUGUCAAGUUCUAAGGGUUACCAAGCUGAAAUGGACGUGGAAACGGGGCUGAUAUAUGCUCGGUUCCCCCCUCACUUUCCCGAAGAGCCUGAUCGCGGGUUCCUGUUCGGGUUGAAGAACCUUACCGAGGCCCUCGAGAACAUCUGGAACGAAGAACGUGUUUGCAGGAUCAAAGCUUCGCGGGAUGAUCCAUCUGCUGACACCCACGAGCUUCCCCCUCUAUCCACUGAUGGCAAAGUAAUCUUUGAUGAAAUCUUCAGCCGCUUAGAUGAUGAAGAUCCCGGCAUGCUCUCCACUUGAUACUCACUAUCAUCUCUCUCCUAUUCCCAGUGACACCUUUUCUCCUUAGCCGAUGUGGUAUCUAUCGCGUUGUAUGUGGGUUUUUCUACCUAUAUUCCGCCACGCCUGGGCGUCCGUAUUUCUAUCCAACUGCCUUCUGUCUGUCUUCCAUCGUCAUCAUCGUCAUCAUCAUCAAUAGACCAAUGCACAUUUGCACUUUACAAUUCAGCGUCGUAUUCUAGCACUGUACCUCACCCUCAUUUGCAUUCAUGUAGCGCCGUGUUCCGAGGUAUAUACUCGCAUACUCAACAUAUUCAAACACGUACAUAUCGAACCCUACGUCAUCGUGUUGGCCAAUAGACUCUGUAAUUGCCUUAGCUUCUUCACCGCAACAAGUUGGGCAGGUGCCAGCUCGCCCGUAUUGUC